AGUAAAAGUGCGACCGUCUACCCGCGCUCCGCCUCCUCGCAGAGUCCACCGCCUACCAUCGUGACGUCAGCAGCUCGCUUUACUGGAGUACGUGAGCUACGGACUAGUCGAGCGGCGCCAUGUGUCAGGCUGGUACGUGGUCUCGGGUGUGAAGUCCGAAAGGAGGCGGCGGGAACGCACUCGGCUUAUCGCCGACCCGCCUGGCCAAAACCUGAGGGCCGAGGUAUCACUGCGGGUGGCUGGUGAUGAAAGUGUAUGGCUGUCGAGGGGAGAAGGCUGUCUUUUAUGUUGCGUACGCCUUGGGUCACUUGCAAAGUUUGCAGCAGCGGCGUGUGACAGCCCGGCAUUUAAAGGCUUAGUAGCGACAAUUCGCGAGGAGUAUGGCCGGCGAAAGUGUCCAUACGGACCGGGACCGACAAUACUGCGAGCUCUGCGGAAAGAUGGAGAAUCUGCUAAAGUGUGGUCGCUGCAGAAAUUCUUUCUACUGUAGCAAGGAGCACCAAAAACAGGAUUGGAAGAAACACAAGCUGGUGUGUAAGGAGGCGGAGAGUGGUCAGAGCACGAGCGAUGGAAAGGGCAAGCCUGCUGGACCGGAGGAAGGGAGUGCGGAGCGGGCACAUCAUCGUGCCACUCCUCCUGAGAGCUCGGGUGGCAGCGCUCUCCGGCCCGUCAGCAAUCACCUUAAGCCCAAUGGUCAGACGAGAACUCAUCCCCAGAAACUGGCCAUGGAGUGCAUCGUGCCCUCUAUGAACAAGCACGGCAUCUGCGUGGUGGACACGUUUCUAGGAGAUGAGGUUGGCGACAGCAUCCUCAGAGAGGUGAAAGCCCUCUACCAGACAGGCAGGUUUACGGAUGGUCAGCUGGUCAGUCAGAAAAGCGAUUCAUCCAAGGACAUCCGGGGAGAUAAAAUCACCUGGAUCGAGGGUAAGGAGUCAGGCUGCGAGAAGAUCAGCUUUCUUAUGAGUCGCAUGGACGAUCUCGUCAGACACUGUAAUGGCAAGUUGGGCAGCUACAAAAUAAACGGAAGGACGAAAGCCAUGGUGGCAUGCUAUCCAGGCAAUGGAACAGGAUAUGUGCGUCAUGUGGACAAUCCAAAUGGAGAUGGGAGAUGUGUCACAUGUAUAUACUAUCUUAACAAAAACUGGGAUGCCAAGGAGCAUGGCGGUCUGCUUCGUAUUUUCCCAGAAGGUAAAGCACAGUUUGCUGACAUUGAACCCAAGUUUGAUAGAUUGCUUCUGUUUUGGUCUGAUCGUAGAAAUCCCCAUGAAGUUCAGCCAGCAUAUACUACAAGAUAUGCAAUAACUGUAUGGUAUUUUGAUGCAGAUGAAAGAGCAAAAGCUAAAGAAAAAUACUUAACAGCUUCUGGAGAAAAGGGUGUAAAGGUGGAGCUCAACAAGCCUCCAGAUAUGAAUCUGAAAGAAGUCUGAUGACUGGCACUUCAUCUUUCUUUCCAAUGUCUGGAGAAACACAAACAUAAACAGAAAAUUUGUGGAAGUAAGCAACAUCCAGUUGUGUGCACACAGGGGGAAAUGCACUGUUCAUUUCAGUGUGGCAGAGCCAUUGACCUUGAAUGUUACCGUAUAUGUGAAGAAAGCUAAUCUAAGAGCCAUUUUGAUUUUUUUUUUCUUUUUAAUCUUUUACAUUUUCCAAAAACUACCAUUACCAAAAUAUGUUGUUUUUAGUGGUGUUUACUAUUCAGUUUCCUUCUUUCAUCUACUUUAUACAAAGGUACAACAUACUGUAAACUGUUUUUUGUUUUGCAAAUGAUUUUUUGUUUUUAGAUUACUGUCUUGUCAGCACUUUUGCAGUACAUGAUUAUGCAAGUUGUGGGGCAGUAAAUCAGUAAUUCACUAACAAAAGCUAAUCCCUUUCCCUCAUCUCCCACCCAGAUGAGGCACUUCAUUGUUCAGUGCUUUUCUAUUUUCAACUAGCUGAAAUACCCAGUGUUCCCCAGGAGGAAAAUAAAGUGUUUUUUUUUUUUUUUAAUUGUUUGAGAAAAAUAUAAUUAAAAAAAAAACCAUAACUUUAAAAAUAAAAAUAAAUUAACAAUGAAGACUCACUAAUGUGCUUGUCUUGCGGUCUUGUAUGUAUCUUAUCAUCCAGUUGACGCUUGGAACCGGCCAACUCUAUUUAAUUUCAAAAGCAACUUGCGCACAGUGCGAUGGUGCGCAAACAUAAAGAAUGCUGGCAGUCACCUCCAGUUCGCCCUCUGGUGGCCGUUCCGAGUGUCAACUGGAUGAUAACAAGCAUACAAGAUCACACCCCCUCCCACCCCCCAACCUACCCAGAAAGGGGGGGGGGGGGGUGGGUUUAGGUUAGGGUUAUUGGAGAUUUUUUAACCACAAGGGUAUUUUUAGUCGACCAAUGAGAAAUGUGUACUAACUUUCAUGAAAAUCGCUCCAGCCGUUCGGAAGUGAUGCUGGAGCAUAUAUACAUACACACAUUGACUUAUUUAUAUUUAUAUAUAUAUAUAUAUAAAAUAUAGAUAUAUAUAUUAUAUAUAAUAUAGAUAUAUAGAUGAAUGGGCUGAAACUGAUUAUUUUUAAGUAGUGUAUUCAUUCAUUUGAAAUAGCCCAUCCAUUUUGAUGAUUUGCCUAUUCAGUAGGGUGUUCAAAUCACCUUCCUGUCUUUGCCAUAUAUGAAACAGACCUCAGUUCUGAGUGUAAUAUCACAACAAGGUUACCUGUAGCAGUUAAAAAAAGGAAAAAUUACAUUUAUUUUAAGAGCAGAUUUUUUUUAUCUUAUAUUCUUACUAGGCUUUUUUAAUGUAACCUUGUGGUUUUAUUGUUAAGAGAUUUUAUCCGCCUGAUUUCAUGGAGAGAACAAGUAAAAAAAACAAAUAAAUCUUCACUUUUCCAAAAACUAAUCUCGCCUUGACGUUAAAGUAGGAUUUGAGAUUUUGUACAGUUUUUUUUUUUUCGUUCUGUGCUAUUUUCUUGGAACAGUAAUGGGUCCUGCCAUGGUUUUGGGAGUGGCAUAUAAGAAUGGCGACACUUUCUGCAAAUUGUAAGGUGAACAUAAAUAAAUAGUUUUGUCUAUAUUAUUUUAAAGUGAUCACAGUUUUGUUUGGGUGUUGAACCAAAAAUGUAUAUGAUGGGAGCAAGCAUUUGGUUCUAUACAAGCUCAGGCAUUCACCAGGUUACUUUUGUAACUCGUCUUUGCAGUAGCAGUCCUCUUUCUGUAGAGGUUCUGUUGCCUCUGUGUGCGUAGCCUGUGUUGCUGACUUUUCCCCAUUACGUUUUGCACAGCUUCUGGCUUUCUAAAAGACAACUAUAACCAGUUCAACAUAUAAGAAUGUAAUGAGCUAUGGUCACUCCUUUCAUUGCAAUUUAGCCACUUUAACAAGGCUAUCGACUUUGUUUACAUUUAUUUAUUUACCCGACUCUUCUCCAAACUGACAUAGUCUUUGGAAUACAUGUUUCAGUUUUUCAACAUUGUAAGUGUCACUUGGCUAAGUGACUUGCUUGUGAUGACCUCAACAGUCAUUGAUGAAUAUUGAUGACUUCAAUGCCAUUAAAGUGCAGGGACACUGCAGUAAGUACUGUUACUUUCACAAUUUGGAUUUCAAGGGCUAGGCACAAUAUGUUGAGAAGUGAACUGGAACUCUGCUGCCCCAACACCUUAGUUAUAUGCCAGUGCUCAUUGUAGUGUUUUGUUUUUUAACUUUAUAAUGGGCAUCAGUGUCUUUCUUUAAAUGCUCUAAACAAACACUGCCCUAAGUUUGCUAGGUGAGAUCUUAUCAGUAUAUUAUUUGCCCGUAGUAUUAUUUUCAGUGUGUCUACAUGUAUAAUAAAUCUGUAUUAAUAUGUUAUGUGCAAGAAAGACAGAAAUUCCCACUACCAGUUACAAGCAGAGAAGUAUGUCUGCAGAGACUGCCGCAUUGCUAAUUGAGAUGUAGGUGUAAGUUUUUUUUUUUUGUUUUGUUUUUUUUUUUUGUUUUUUUUUUUUAUAAUUGUCUUGUGUUGGAGUCAACUAUUAUAGGACUUGUAUAAAAAUACAGAUUGAUUGGUUUAUAAUUUACAGUUCUGUCGAUUUGACCCAGCAUUGUGUUGAACUAUGGUUGCAAAACUCAAAGGCAAUUUUUUGCCACUUGUCAGACAGCAUUUAUUUAAAGAAUAGUAUGUUCGCUCCAUAAGUGCACCAGCACCAAAUGCUAACCAUUGCUUCAGUUAGUUAGCAUAUUAAGAAAUAUUUAGCCUGUGUUAAAUAUAUAUUUUUAAAGUUAUUUAAUGUGGUAAUAUUGGAAAUUUCAAUACAACAGCUCAAUUACCAGUCUGUUCUGAAAUAUACCAAAGAAUACUGAAAAUUACUAUUGUAGAUCAAAGUGUCUUUUUAAAUUUUUAAUUCUUUAAUUCUCCACGGCAUUUGACUGAUUGGUGACAUAAAAACAAAAGCGUGUAACCUGCAAAGCCAAAGCAAUGCAAUAUUACUGGUCCAGACAUGUUUAGGAUCCAAAUCUUAUGAGAAAGAUACAUUUUCUUGUCAUGAUUUUGUUCCUUUUUAACAAUUUUACAGUAUGUAUUUCUCUAACACUAAUGGCAUUGUAAAUUGUCCUUUUCCUGGUGUCCUUACCAUCCAAGGUUUGAAAAUGGUAAAGUAAUGAAAAUGAGAGUAGGGAUUAAGAAUUUUCUACAAUCAUGAAUAUCAUGUGGUAGGCUUUCUUCUUCUUCUGCUUCUGUCUCUCCUGCUGUGCAUUAAGUUCUUACAUUUUGAAAGAACUUUCUCUUGUCUUAAAGUAUGAACUGUGAAGCGCAGCAACCACAUCAAGAUUCUGAAGGUGUAAGUCUGCAUUGUUGUGUAUGUGGAAAGCAGAUGGAUAAUUUCAAUCUCCACUGCCACUUAACAUUGGUCAGGAUUAGCAUAUUGGUAAAUGAGAUACAAAAUGCAGUGUUAAUCAAUAAAAAAAAUAUUGAUCUGUUUGCUUGGAAAAAAUAAUAAAUCAAUGAUUUUCAUUAA